CUCCUAGACCUGCUGAGUUGAGGAGGCGACGCGAUGGCUUUGCUCUCCUCCUAACUAACCGUGAGUAGGCUACAUACAUUUAUAUAUGUAUCAGAUUCAGCUGCAUGUUGCUGCUGGGCUUAUUGUAUGUUAUGGAGUAGGAGCGGGAACGUCAAGUGUGUGGUGACAAAAGGUGGGGAUGUUGUUGAAUGUGGGAUAAGGAGAACCAGAAGAGCCUCUGCAGUCUCCCUGACAGGAACGCGCUGUCUCAACAUGAAGCUCACGGUGCAAUCAUCCGCAGUUGGGACAGAAAGCGCUCGGAGGUCGUUUCACCACCUAACAGUCAGGUCCGGCCUUCAGCAUGAGCGACUUGGACGCCUUGGCGGUCGGGGAGCCCCCCCCCCCCUACAUGAUCUUCCUGGUGGUCUUCCUCUUCUUCGUCACGGGGCUGCUGGGCUUCCUGGUGUGUCACACGCUCAAGAAGAGAGGCUACCGCUGCCGCACCUGGGAGACGGACGAAGAGGAGGAGGAGGAGGAGGAGGACAAGGAGAAGGAGAAGCAGGGGAAGAAGGAGGAAGUCAGUGCAGAAGAUGAUGACGAAGACAACCAGGACACAGUGGAGCAAAUCCUCAAAUGUAUUAUUGAAAAUGAAGCCAACAUGGAGGCCUUUAAGGAGAUGCUGGGGAACCAGAACGUGUGUGCUCUCCACGACCCCAGGUUACUGCGGAAGGAGUCCCUCGGCGGCAUCCCUCCCCACCACCACACGGUGCAUUCUGGGAGCGACCGGAACUCGUGUCACCUGUGUGCUCAGGGCCGUGUGAAGAAGGGCCGGCGCCGCAGCCGCACCCCCAAGCCCAAGAAACCCGGGGAGCAGACGGUGUUCUCCGUCGGCAGAUUCCGGGUGAUCCACACGGACAAGAAGCUCCAAGGAAGCCCUAAUCCAAUGGCCGACUCUGGAGACCAACUGAAUCAAUCGCAAGACAGCAAGGAUCCAAAGGACGGCGCUGAUGACCCCAAGGAAGGGGGCUUCAACCUGAGGAACAUGUUCAAGGAUGUCAAGCAGCCCGCGGAGAGCUCCAACGGGGCCGUCCCAAACGCGGGCAAACGCAGGAAGAGCCUGACCAUAUUCGGCCUUGGGAGGCGAGGAAGUGACCCGGCGGGGAUGAAGACGGCGUCCCUUCCUGGGGGACGGGUUUUAGGAGGUCUGAGGGAGGGCGGAGUGAAGUUCUCGAAGCAGGCGCCCGUAGUGUUUGAGGAACAGCUGCCGACUUGCCUAGAAACCGACUCGGCGACAGAGGUCCCUUACUCCGUGCCCCUGAAGGGUAUCACUGAGGCUGGCUCUCCGAGCCCCCGCGGCCUCGAGCCUCCGGACGGGCCGACGACAGAACCCUCAGUGGGUGCCGCGGCUCAAGAGACCCCCGUCCCCAGCUCCUUAGCCAUUCCCACCUCUCUCCCAACCCGACGAACAUUACAAAGCCCUUCCCCCGGGACGGCAAGGGAGGAGAAGAAGUCGGCGGAGGUGUACUCACCUGGGCCACAACAGACCUCGACACCCAUAGCCCCCGGCUUUGGAGUCGCUUCCGGGCUGACGUCUUCUGCUGCUGCCCCUCAGCGCACGGCCUCUUCCAGUGAGGGUCUUCUACCCAGCGGUACCCUACCCAGCCCCUACUCCAUAUCCAGCCUGGACGCAGAUCCGGGCAUCGGAGGGAGCCUAGCCUCCAUGACUCUUGGCUUGUCUCCUACCUCACUCUUCCCAGUCCAAACCACGUCCCCGGCGUCACUGAGAACGCCUACCUCAAGUGCAGUGUUCGCACAGAGCCUUACCCCGCCGCCACAUGACUCAAGAAACGCCCCUACGGAGCCAGUCAAAACUCCCUCAGCCUCCCCUGGUUUGAAGCACAUCCCUCAACUGACCUCCGUCUUGAGUGGGUCUAACCAAUCUCCUACCGCUUCUUUAAGCCUCGGUAGGAUCCCUAGCCCAUUACUAGCCCGCACCCCUUCUCCUGCACUCACCCUGACCACAAACGCCAGUGCCAUGUCCCCCUCUCCAACCCCUUCUGCUAUCCUCUCUCCGGGGUCUACCCAGACCUCACCACGUGACGCCUUGCCUCAUGUUAGAGGAAGGUUCACUAGUGUGGCCUCUUCAGCCUCGGAACCCGACCAGCUCCCAUGUGCAUCCGCAGGAGAUGUUCACAGUGCUUCUCUGGCUUCCCCUUGUGCCCCGCUGGGUAAGGACGGACCGAGCAGUCGACCCGUGUCUCCAGAGCAGUCACGCUCCCCGUCCUUGCCCCAAGAGGGAAGAAUGAGUAGUGUAUCCAUUGUCAAAGCUAGCCCAGAUAGAAAAAGGGAAUUUUCUGUGGUGACUAUGCUGGAGGAGGGAGAGCCUUCUAUUUUGACAACAAAAGAAGAGACCGGUGAGACUUCUGACCUUAAGAGGGACUUGGAAAAGGUUGAUAUUAGUCCAACUGUCACUAAGACAGGAUACUCUUCAGUUUCAGGGUCUGUACAAACUACGACGCUGGACAAAGAGCUUUCUACAGUGCUUGUAGUGCCAUCGGUGAGCCAAGGAAAGGAUGACAUUGUAGAGAUGAAAGACCUACAAGAGGUUGUACAGGAUGAUAACUAACAGGGAAUUAAGACAUGAUGGGCCGCCAACAUAGAAGACCAGGACUGACAACCAUGUGUUGCAUUGCAAGUGAAGGAACAGAGUGGAAUAAAUAGAAGGCUGACCCUGAACAACACUAUUAAUCACAGCAGAAGAAACAAGAGAUAACAAAUGUCAUCUCGUGGGA